AAAAACGCUUAUAAAUAUUGCCAUACUUCUCAACCCCUGAGUUUCACAAGUCGAGCUUGAAUAGAGAGCUGACGGUUGCCAACGUCUAGACCGCGAUGCUCCAAGGGGCAAAUAUGCAGCGUGCCUGUAGGCAGGCUGGCCCCUUCAAGGGAGGCAGCGCAGCGCCUGCUCUGCCGAUGCGUUUCGCUCGUUCUUCCGUGCGCGUGAACAACAACUCGGGGAAGAUCUGGGGCGCCGAGGAGGAGAACGCUGCGCAAGUGCGUCGACUCAUCAGCCGCGACCGCAAGGAGUUCCUGGGCAACGCGCAGAACGACAUUUUGGAGAAGUACAAGGUGGAGCUGGGUGAUGCCGUCGAGGUUGCCCCAAAGGAUGGGCCCACGAUUAGCGCCAACACGCCCAACCCCUUUGGCAAGGCGCCCGCGGCUGCCAGCCCGUUCGGCGCCGCGCCGGCCGCCUCGCCAUUUGGCAGCAGCACCGGCGGCGCCGUGGGCGGCGGUGCCGGAGCCAGCCCCUUUAAGCGGGACAUUGAGCCCGCGGGCCUGCGGCCAGACAUGUCUCCGGACCCGUUCGUCAAGGAGACGCCCGUCAGCAUGCUGAAGAGCAUCACGCUCACCCAAGUGGUGCUGUUCUGCUCCUUCACACUCAUCAUCCUGUCCAUGCUGGCGACCUUCAACAUCGUCCUCAGCACCGGUGCCAUCCGCAUUGCCGGCAUCGAUUAAUGCGGCAUCUCCUGGCCGGGGGCAGCCAUACACUGCGGUCCGUGGCAGGCCUAGUCCAAGGGUGCACCGAGCUGCCCGUCGGCGAGGGGCUAGUGGCAGCGAGGUGAACUUGCGAGGUGCUGGGGGAGUAAAUGGGAGGAGAUGCGGACGGCGCGGCAGCGUGUGGCUGUGGCCGCGCUGACAGAGCAGGACAGAGUCAGCAGAGUACGCACCGGUGGGGCGGCUGACGAUCGUGUGACGGGUGGGUACACGACUAUACUUUAGUAGUACGUCGGCAAUUUUGAAGGUAGGCGACAUGGCAACAUGGGUUUGCAACAGCAGAUGCACCAACAUCCUUCAAAGAAUGCAGUGCACCAACGACCUCCACAGUGUUUGUGCUGCGCAGCUACAUGUUCUUAUGCGUGGAAAUCCAUACGGCAUUUUGUGCUAGACGCUUACAGCGGUUGCGCACACGUUUAGCCGGGAAUGCAUGGAGGUUGCGCACUACGUGAAGCAGAGGCGCGUUGGCGGAUGCUGCCGUACAAGCGUCGCCGUGUGCUAGAUGCAGAUUAUGGACGGGUAUGGGCGCCAGCUUUAUGUAAUGCCAGUAUUGA